GUGCGGAUCGCACUGCAUGCGGAAGAGUAGUGCUUGGUUUGAGAUGAUGCAUGGGCUGACGCAAUUCCCGCGAUGUGGUUUGCUCCUCGCACCUCUUAAAUCCCUCUGUCGACAUGCAUGUGGGUGCAACGCGACCAGUGCGCGAUCACAAUCACGCGCGAGAAGCGGUGGUCAUGGGGGUGUAACUCGAACGUGCGGAGAUGCUAGGCCGCGCUGCGGCAUGCAAAACACGUCAAGAUAAGACAAACGAGCAUGAACCGGCCAGGUGGACAGAGAGUAGUUGCCGGGACUCGCGCGGAUCACACAGAGACCGGGAGACCGAGGCGAGGCGGGAAGAGGGGCAUGACAAGAUCAGUGUGCAUAUCUGGUCCAUGGAGAUUCCGAGCGGAUACAGCGUCGCCCACCCGUGUCAGGUGCCGCUCGGAACAAGGCCGCAGAGGCCGCCCCGAUCACUACACCGACGACUUGAUCACUCGAGCUGUGGCUCUGGCAGACGCGUCAUCACGGAACCCCGUGGAGCCUCGGAGGUUGAUCAGAGGUCAUGAGGCGGUGGAGGCGGCUUGCCCUGGAUCCAUGGCGGUGGGGCCGAAGCCGUCUCGCCGCGACCUUGGAUUGCGGCUUCAAGUGGGGCGGCGGACCUCGUCCUGGUCGCGUGUCGACGUCUGUCAGCUGCUGCUGCUGGUAGCUGUCAGCCACGCCCACGCCCAGCCCCUGCCAUGGCCAGAGACUGGACAGCGGAGCGUGCGCCCAAAGUCAUAGGCACAUAGCUCCCUCCGUGCGCCGAUCACCGGCUCGUACCUUGGACGCCCGGAAGCUGUACAUGAGAAAAUGGUACGGUCAGGCGACCACUGCGAGUUUCGGCGUGGGGCGAUGGCGUGGAGCGCGGCGCAUUGUCAGC